AUGGCUUCCUCCCUGAUCGCACACCAAUCGCUCGCCGCUCUUUCCUUCAGCACAGCAGUUAAAGGCGCUUCUCUCUCCGCCAAUCGCCUAGCAGCAGCUCCCACCAUUGCGCCCCGUGGACUCAGCGUCUCCGCCCUCCUCGGCUUCAAUAAAGCCGCCGUCCCUACUAAGACCGCCCCCGUUAAGAAGCAGCUGCGCACGGAGACGGCAUCUUUGCUGAGCCACUGCUUCUUCAUCGCAUUCACCGUGCUCGGCGCCAUCAGCGGGCUGGGCGAACGCGGGCGAUUCGUGGACGACGACGCGCCGGCGGGUCCGCCGGUGAAGCCGGGGAGCUUCAAGGCGGCGCUGGGGCUGAGCGAGAGCGGGCCGCUGUUCGGGUUUACCAAGGCAAACGAGUUGUUCGUGGGGCGCGUGGCGCAGUUAGGGUUUGCGGCGAGCAUGAUUGGCGAGGUGAUCACCGGGCGAGGCGCGCUGGCGCAGCUGAAUAUCGACAUUGGCUUGCUCGUGUGGGAGUUGGAGCCGCUGCUGUUUGCCAGUAUCUCCUUCUUCGUCGCCGCUAUCAACCUCGGUACAGUGAAGUUCAUUAAUGAUGAGCGGUAG